GAGUUUUUUGGAAUAAUUUUCCAAAUUUCUCGUGGUCCUCGUGGUGUUUUGAGUAGUUUAGAAGAGUAACGGCUGAUUUAUUUGAAAAGUGCAUGGCAAGUUGCCUACCACGCGGCGCAAAUCUUUCUGAAAAUUUUCCGAAAAACCACCAAAGUUCUUACCAAGGUGGCCGCCAUUUUGACUCAUUGGUAAAGAUUUCAGCGUGGUACUUCCUUUUACUCAGAAAGUAACCACGAAUCAUGUCGUACACAGCUGAAAGAAGAAAUGAAGAUGGGAAGAACGGACCCUCCGCAGAGCGGGAGUACGAUGGACCCGCUGGAAUGGAUCCCGAUGGUGUCAUUGAGGGAAACUGGAAUGAGGUGAUAGAUCAUUUUGACGACAUGAAUCUCAAGGAGGAGCUCCUCCGUGGGAUCUAUGCUUAUGGUUUUGAGAAGCCUUCGGCCAUCCAGCAGCGCGCCAUUAUGCCGUGCGUCAAGGGGUAUGACGUGAUUGCCCAAGCUCAGUCUGGAACUGGCAAGACAGCCACUUUCUCCAUUGCAAUCCUCCAGCAAAUCGACACGAGCAUCCGGCAGUGUCAGGCUCUCAUCCUGGCACCCACUCGGGAGCUGGCCAUGCAGAUCCAGAAGGUUAUCAUUGCACUCGGGGACUACAUGAAGGCCCAGUGCCAUGCCUGCAUUGGCGGCACCAAUGUCAAGGAGGAUGUGCGCAAGCUGGAACUUGGCUCGCACGUCAUCGUUGGCACUCCCGGGCGCGUCUUUGAUAUGAUUAACCGGAAUGUGCUGCGCACCAAUACCAUCAAGCUCUUUGUUCUGGAUGAGGCCGAUGAGAUGUUGUCUCGUGGCUUCAAGGAUCAGAUCCACGAUGUGUUCCGCAUGUUGCCGCCAGAUGUUCAGGUCAUCCUCCUGUCGGCCACAAUGCCGGCUGACGUGCUAGAAGUCAGCAAGUACUUCAUGCGCGAUCCCGUGAGGAUUCUGGUGAAGAAGGAAGAACUCACGCUCGAGGGUAUCAAGCAGUUCUUUGUGAAUGUGGAGAAGGAAGAGUGGAAGAUUGGGACACUUUGUGACCUCUACGGGACUCUGUCCAUUACGCAGUCCGUCAUUUUCUGCAAUACUCGUCGCAAGGUGGACUUCCUCACGGAACAGAUGACCGUCCAGGAGUUCACUGUGUCCGCUAUGCACGGAGACAUGGACCAACGUGAGCGGGAUAUCAUCAUGAAACAAUUCCGUACGGGUUCAUCUCGUGUCCUGAUCACUACGGAUCUUCUAGCCCGUGGCAUUGACGUCCAACAAGUGUCGUUGGUCAUCAACUAUGAUUUGCCUACUAAUCGAGACAACUACAUUCAUCGGAUUGGUCGUGGUGGACGUUUCGGUCGAAAAGGUGUUGCUAUCAAUUUUGUCACGGAGGAGGAUAAGAGAACCCUCAGAGACAUUGAACAAUUCUACAAUACUAAGAUCGAGGAGAUGCCAGCUAAUGUGGCUGAUUUGAUGUAAAAGAGUGAGGGGCCUCUGAGCCGGAGAUUUUUAAGUAAAAGAAAAAUCAUUUAUUAAAAGAAAAAGAAAAAAACAAUUUAAAGAAAUAUUGAAAAAAAAACACCAAUACACUGCGUGCGACUAACCGAAAAGAAACUGUGGUGUAAAUAUUUAAAGAAAAACAAAUAGAUUACACAAAAUGGACAAGAGUGAGAGAUGUUAAUGAAAAAAAAGCGAGGAUUUCCUUGAAAAAAAAAAAAAAAGAAAAAAUAUUUUAAUAGACUCUUUUUCUUGCUAAAGACAAGCGCAACUGGGUCGUUGGUCGUUUAACAACACAAUUAUAAUAAAAGUAAAUAAAUAAAUAAAUAAAUAAAGAGAGAACAUUAAUAUUGAGUAAAGUUUGAGAAAAAAAGGAUGGAUUUGAAGUGAAUGGCUAAAAAAAAACAUUAAAUAAAAAGAAGAGAAAAUCUACAAAACAUUCUAAUUAAAAAACAUAAAUGAAGAAAGAGAAUUUGCAAAUGAAAUCCAAACCUUAUAAUUAAAAAAAUUAAAAAAAAAAAAACAAGAAUAUUUGAAAUGUAAAUUUGAUUUUUUAUUUAAUUGCAUUAUCAUUUCUUAUUUUUUUCUUAAAUAAAAUUAUAAAAUAGCAUUUUUUGUGUACCGUGAAAAAAAAGGUGAAGUAAAAAAAAAAGAUUAUGGAAAGAAAACUAAUAAAAAAAUAAACCAUGGAAUUUAUAAUUAGCCUCUAUAUUUUUUUCUCUUAUUUCUCUACAAAGAUAAACAAAAAAAAUGAACUUAGACAAAUAAUUAUUUUCCAAGAGAUUCUCUUUCUCUGUUAAUUAAGUGUUACUUUAAGGACGUUCUUAGCUAGCAUGAAGUUAAUUUCUCUUUUUUUUCCUUGGUUAGCAGAUUUACUAUUUUGUUCUUUGUUUUGUUCUUCAAAAAAUUCUUGAUUUUUUCUCUGUAUUUCGUAAAAAAAAAAGAUUUUUUCAGCAGAUCAAUUGUAUUUUACAAUAAUUAUUAAAUUAUUCCAUUUUAUUCAGUGA